AUGGACCCCCCUUCAGUGGCUAAGUGUCGACAGCCACGCCUGGCCUUUUCCGGACCUGAACCACAACCAAACUCGUCAAACAACGGCUCCAUUUCGAACUCGCUGAAGUUGGAUUGCAAAAUCCGCAUCGCGUACGCCAAAAACCCGCCGGACGCCUUUUCGAACUGUCGACAUUUUCCGACGUUUACGCCUACAGUACCUUGCGCUUUUCCGGGAUGGACUGUAGAGAUCAUGAGCCAAAUCACUUCCUACGCCGGCUUCGACAUUGAGCCAGUAGUAGCCAAUAAUGUGAUCGGAAGCUUGGACUGGGGCACGCAGUUGAAAAACGGCUCCUGGGUCGGCGUCCUGGGAAUGCUAGCCAAUAACAGUGCUGAUGCGGCUUGUCUGAUGUACCAGAUGACCGAUCUCAGGGCCGAAUAUUUCGAUUUCUCGUAUCCGGUGACAAAUGUUCAACCAAUUUACGCUGUACAGGCGCGGAAAGCCGACAUCGGAUCGAUCUUGUGGAAUGCUUUCAAGCCCUACUCCACCGUCACCUGGCUGUUCAUCCUCGCCUCAUUUCUAGUCCAAACGCUAUAUUUGGUCGGCAUCACCAAGGUCGAGAAGCAUCUAGGUUUCCGGCAUCGCUUCCGGCCUUUUGAAGUAUUCUGGCAAUGCAUCCAGCUGCAACUCGACGAGCACAGCGAGGAUAUGCGCUUCAAUACCCUGGCCGGCAAUAUAGUCAUGUUUUUGUUUGCUUUGUUACAGUCGAGCCUACUGAUAAAACUCUAUGAAGGUCUGCUACUUUCGGCUCUCCUGGCCCCGGUUGAUGAUAAUCCGUUCAAGGAUGCUGAUGGACUAAUAGCCUUGAUCGCUAAAGGAGAAUAUCAUCUGGUGACAAAUUACCUCGGAAAUUGGUACUUUGAUGAUAUGCUCCACUCCAACGCUGCUCAUUUUGUCGCUCUUCGUGCCGCAGUCGCCAAUAAUCCAGUGGUAACCGCGCCUACUGUAGCCGCAGCACUGGAUAUGGUGGAGAGCGGCCCCUACGUUUACCCAAUGCAAGUCGACAGUCUGGCUAUGCAAAUGAGCAAGGAGCGCUGUAACUUGGUGUACGUUAGCGAUGGUCUGCCCCAAGUCGGCGCCUACAUCGUCUUCCAAAACCAGAGCCGCUUCAUCAAAAACAUCAACAGGGCGAUUAUCAUGAGCCAAUCAAUGGUGGAGCAUACUUUUAACAAAUACUUUGAGAUGGGCUACAAAAUUGCCAACAUCCCGAAAUGUCCCACUGAAGUGUUGGAUACCGCUACGGGGAUUAUAUCGAAGCCGUUGGAGUUUUGGACCGCCAUCGUCGAACCCGGCAAGCCCUGGCUAGCAACUUAUUGGCGCUGGGAAAAAUUUACUUCACCGAGGGCUACAAACCACAACUUCUUCCAGGUGCAUCACGGUGUAGCUCUCACAAGGCUGAUCGAUGUUAUCGAAAGAUCGAUGGAACAGGACGAGCAGCAAAUUGUGGAAGAUCGAGGGAAUGCUGAACGC